AUGGACGCACUUACAACCAAUAUAUCAGAUUUUUUCUCAUCACACCUAACAGGACCGUCCUUAGCGUGGUAUAUUUUUGUCAUUCUGUGUAUCUUCGUAAUAAGUCGGUGCAGAAUUGUCCUCCUUAUUCUAUGUUGGCUACCACUGGUGCUCACCAUCCUUUUUAUGGUGUUCAAGAAUGAUAUUGAUCGAGGACUGAACAGAUCGACGUUUUUCCAUGACUUUUCUGUUGGCGCAAAUAUUGCGGAGACAAAAGAUGCCCCAGAAAACAGUAUAGCUGCAUUGAAGCUGGCAUUAAAAGACAACAACGUCGUUUUAUUCGACGUUCGAAUGGCGAACGAUGGAGCUGCUGUGGUGAUCAGGGACACAAGAACGGGCAGAACCACAGAAAAGGAAAUGAACGUAGCUAAGACUGCCUCAACUGAACUUGUAAAGCUUAAGUUCCGAGAUGGAGAAGGUCGUAUUCCUUUGUUCAAAGAAAUGAUGGACGAAUGUCGUAAAAAUAAUUCAAAGGCUGUUUUACGUGUGCAUGAGAGUUCAAAAGAGUUGUUAGCAGAGAUAAGCGAUUAUGUGAGAAAACAUGACCUCUACUCUAGUGUGAUCGUUAUGAGUGAUCAUCCUACCGUGGUUUUCUUCGUCAAACGUCAUGAUCCGAGAAUCCUUACAGGACUAUCUUACACACGGUUUGGAGCAUCGGAGCAUUUCCAGCGAAACUCUUCGCACAACAUCUUUUACAAGUUCCUCGGUCAACUUAUUGAUGACGUGAUGCAAAUCAUCGUUAACACGUUUUUAUUGCCGAGAUUUGUUGGGAGUGACGCGAUCUUCUUGAGUGAAGCAGAUGUCAGCCUGUAUUUUGUGAAGGAGGCGAUAUCCAAGAGAAUACAAGUCGCAGUUCUGAGCGCGGAGAACAAGACAUCACAGCAAUGGUUACGCGAAGUUGCAAAGAUUCCCUACUUCACGAAAAAAUUGGCUAGCCAGAAAGAAGAAUGA